UCUGUGAAGGGGCUGUUGUUUCUAAUUAUCCGGUCUCUGCAGGAAGUCCGAAGCCCAGGAACAUUGGAGAAGUGAAACAGAAGUCAAAAAAUCAAGAGAGGGACACAGAAGCAAGAGAAAUCACUCCAUCUAAACUGAGGGGGAAAAACAGUGUCUGUGUUGACUGGGAACACCAUUAAAUGACCACUGCCUGUGAUGGAACUUACUCAUUCCUACUCUGAUUGCACCUAAGAAAUUUAAAGGGCCACAAAUCCACUAUUUUCAAGAGAAAAAAAGAACAGGAGAUCAGAUGCAGGGUAAACAGCCCACUGACUCUGUUAAAGACAAAGAGAAAACUGAAAAUGACAGUCAAAGAUUCAUGAAAACAGCAUACUUUAUUGAACGGCUUCACCUCUGAAGAAUCUUUUUUGUGCGCAAUUAAAGGCAACAUCUUUGUUUACUCUGACUUCUCCCUGCCCUCUGAAAUACUAUCUGGCCUUCUGGGAACUCAGUCCCUGGAUUUCUUUGCAGACAAUUGUCUGGCAGUUCUGGAGGCUGGAAGUCCAAAUCAACACGUAGGCUGCGCCACGCUCCCUCUGACAUCUCCAGAUAAGGUAACAGCCUAGUCAUGGCCUCAGAUAUCCACAUGCCAGGCCCAGUGUGCCUUAUUGAGAACAUUAAUAGAAAACUGCUGAUCAAUCAGGAAGCUUCAAAGAUCCUGUCUGCCAUUAAGCAGCCAGUUGUGGUGGUGGCUAUUGUGGGCCUCUACCGCACAGGCAAAUCCUACCUGAUGAACAAGCUGGCUGGGAAGAAACAGGGCUUCUCCCUGGGCUCCACAGUGCAGUCUCACACCAAGGGAAUCUGGAUGUGGUGUUUGCCUCACCCCAAGAUGCCGAACCACACCCUAGUUCUGCUGGACACUGAGGGCCUCGGAGAUGUAGAGAAGGGAGACAAUGAGAAUGACUCCUGGAUCUUUGCCUUGGCCAUCCUCCUGAGCAGCACCUUCGUGUACAAUAGCAUGGGAACCAUCAACCAGCAGGCCAUGGACCAACUGCACUAUGUGACAGAGCUGUCAGAUCGAAUCAAGGCAAAAUCCACACCGGAUGCUAAUGAUGUUGAAGAUUCAGCUGACUUUGUGAGCUUCUUUCCAGACUUUGUGUGGACUCUGAGAGAUUUCUGCCUAGAUUUGGAAGUAAAUGGGCAACCCAUCACAGCAGAUGAGUACUUGGAGAAUUCCCUGAAGCUAACCCCAGGUAACAGUGAAAAAGAAAGAAAUUUUAACCUGCCCCGACUCUGUAUCCGAAAGUUCUUCCCAAAGAAGAAAUGCUUUAUUUUUGAUCGGCCCACUCACGGGAGGAAGCUUGCUCGGCUCGAAACACUGCAUGAUGAUGAGCUAGAUCCUGAAUUUGUGCUACAAGCUGAAGAAUUCUGUUCCUACAUCUUCAGCCAUUCUGAGAUCAAGACUCUUUCAGGAGGCAUCGAGGUUAAUGGACCUCGUCUGGAGAACCUGGCACAGACCUAUGUCAAGGCCAUCAGCAGCGGGGAUCUGCCCUGCAUGGAGAAUGCAGUCCUGGCCUUGGCCCAGAUAGAGAACUCAGCUGCAGUACAAAAGGCCCUUGCCCACUAUGACCAGCAGAUGGCCCAGAAGGUGCAGCUGCCCACGGAAACCCUCGAGGAGCUGCUGGACCUGCACAGGGCCAGUGAGAGAGAGGCCAUAGAGGUCUUCAUCAAGAGCUCCUUCAAGGAUGUGAACCAAAAAUUCCAGGAGGAAUUAGGGGCCCAGUUAGAAAAAAAGCUGGAUGACUUUUGUAAACAGAAUGUGCAAGCAUCAUCGGAUCGUUGCUCAGCUUUACUUCAGGAUAUUUUCAGUCCUCUAGAAGAAGAAGUGAAGCAGGGGGUUUAUUCUAAACCUGGGGGGUAUCGUCUCUUCCUUCAGAAGAUACAAGCGUUGAAGAUAAAGUACCAGCGGCAACCCAGGAAGGGCAUACAGGCUGAAGAGAUUCUGCAGAAAUACUUGACGUCCAAGGAGUCUGUGAUGGAUGCAAUUCUACAGACAGACCAGACUCUCACAGAAAAGGAAAAGGAGAUUGAAGUGGAACGUGUGAAAGCUGAAUCUGCAGCGGCUUCAGCAAAAAUGUUGGAGGAAAUGCAAAAAAAGAAUCAGCAGAUGAUGGACCAGAAAGAAAAGAGUUAUCAGGAACAUGUGCAACAAUUGACUGAGAAGAUGGAGAGGGACAGGGCACAGUUGCUGGAAGAGCAAGAAAGGACUGUAGCUCUGAAACUUAAGGAGCAGGCCCAGCUCCUCAAAGAAGGAUUCGAAAAAGAGAGUAAACGACUUCAAAAUGAGAUAAACAGUCUCCAGAAGAAGAUGAAAACACCAAAAAAGGGAUGUAUCAUAAGUUAGAAAUCUAAAGAAUAGACCUCUCCUGUCACUCUUAUCAAGGCAUAACUUAAGCAGCUUUAGAAUUUAGAAUAAAUACUAUUACAUUUGAUAAUAAUUAGGUCUUGCAUUUUCAUAACAACAAAAAUUUGCAAAGAUAUACUAUGACUGAAUUUGUGUUCAUUUCCCUAAAGUGAUUUUAAAUGGUGUAACAAGUAUGCAUUUUAUCUCUAUACCAACACAGGAGGUACCAUGAGCUGGUACCACUCAGGGGAAGUUUAUUCUUCAUAGGAUCACCAGUAUACAAAUGGAUACUGAACAAUGUCUUAGGGAAAAGUUUCAAGAUAUAGUUGGGCAUCAAUUUGUCCAAGGAUACAAUGGAGCCCAAUGGCAGCAGAAACCAUCCCAGCUUCUUAGUGAAGACAAGGUACAGUUCUCCACUGGGUUAAAAUUGUAGUCAGGAAGGAAUAAUGUGAUUUCUGGGCAUUGGCAGUGAAUAGUCAUCACUGAUGGCUUCCACGCUAAAGCAAAAAACAUUAUAGAGAGAUCUAGACUAUAAAAUCUCCAUAGGAAAGUGAAAGAAGCCAUCACCAUAGAGUAAGAGUUAGGUCAUAAACAAAUAUACUAAAGAAAGAAAUUUUCCCUUUUUGUUUAGUUCAGUCAGAUUAUAAGAACUUUAGACAACUAACACUGGAUUAAACAUAGUAACAUGACAACUAUGUAUUAUGCAUUUAUACCAACAUAUAGCAUGCAAAAACGGACUUUAAAAUGGUGAUGGAAAAUGUGUUAGAAAACUUAGCUCUUUCAAUUAUUCAAUUCUUUUAAUCCUAAAGCUUAGACUAGUCUUUUCCCAAUUCUUAUGCAUCAUAUUUGAAAGCCUAUUAAUUUCCGCAAAAGAGAACAUGGAUUGUUUUUGACAUUUUGACCAAUACAAUAAAAUACUUGUUAUUA